CCCUGAAAGUUCCCACAGAAGUCAUUUUUGACUCUCCUUGUAGCUCCUCACUGACCAACUCCUCCAAUGGCGAUAGCCGCCGCCAUUACACUGCCUCUUACAGCUCCAACCCGUCGUUCUCUUUCUUCUACUUCCGCUAAUUUCGUUCGAUUUUCCUCUCCGCUAACUCCACAACCAAAAAAUCUCAAAUUCGCCGCCGGUAGCGGAACACAGUGCCCUAGUUUCCGCAUUUGUGCGACAUCUUCAAUGAGAAUCGAAGCUCCGGAGAAAGGCUCUCCAGAUUCUUUCCUUGAUCGUAAAGAAAGCGGAAUUCUUCACUUCGUCAAGUAUCACGGCCUCGGCAACGACUUCAUAUUAGUUGACAAUAGAGAUACAACAGAACCUAAGGUCAGUCCUGAUCAA